AGUUCACGGGGUUGUUUUCUUCACAAAAGUUAUCGACUAAAUCGUUGUAGUUUAUGGUGUUUUGACGGAAUACACGCAAUAUGGAUGAGUUUCGCUGGGACAUCACGUCAAGUCUUGGUAGACUUGUGUCUACCGUUUCACAACCAACAAUAAUUUCGUACUGCCAAGAAUUACUUGCAAAACAGAUUUGGACACCAGCAGACCGCCAGCAGCUUCUUGCAAAGCUGUCUGAGUACCUUCCCCAUCCACAAUGCACUCUUCCUAUCGCUGUAGCCUUCCGUCCCAUCUUGCUGGAACUGCUGGAAAGAGCUGGAAAGCAACUGAGAACAAGAGAUUGCUUUUCCUUGGAGGGUCAUGAACGCCUUUGCAUAGCGUUGGGUAGACUCCUUUCACUACACCCAGAUGCUUACAGGUUUUUGAUGAAAUACCUACAGACAUCACCCCCAGUGUUUGAGAGGUUACUGGCGGGAGUGUCAGAAGUGAAAAAGGCAAAGAACAAGAAAUCAAAGCGACGGAUUCCAACCCCUACUGUAACGGACAUCUUGAGAACAUGUCACAAAUAUCUGGAGUUCUCAAAGGAGGCAUUCGUUGAUCUUUGGGAUUGGAGUCCGAUCCUGAAACUUUCUGAAGAAGGUGACGUUACAACAAGAUGGUAA